AUGAUAAGUCUUGUUGAAACAUGGACAAAACCUAGUGACUAUUUGGAAAUUGAACGUUUCAAGAUAGUUCAAAGACCUCAUUCUCAUCAUAUACAAAAACCAUUUGGUCAAAUUAUUUAUUUUAAGUAUGAAAGUAUUGCCGAAAUAUGUAAAUAUUCAGGAAAAAAUCAUAUUGAAUACUCUUCAAUAAAAAUUGAUCAUUUUUGUAUCAUUUCUAUUUACAAUUCACCAAAUUCAUCAUUUGAUGUCGUAAAACGACAUAUUAAUGAAGUUAUCACCGUUUCCAAACGAUUUUGUCAAAAUCUAAUUGUUGUUGGUGAUUUUAAUAUAGAUUUAGAGAUAAAAACCAAUUAG